CGCGGCCCUCGGGAGAUGGUGAGGGGCGGCCGGGCCGGUUGCGGGCCGCUUGCCUCUCCACGGGGUCGGCAGACCACGGCCCCACGCGGGCUUUUACGGCCGAGGCGGCGGCAGCGGCGCGUGUGUAGCGGCGGCGGCGGCGGCGGCGGGCGGGAGCGCGGAGGAGGUGGAAAGAAGGGGGGCGCUGUCACGGAGACUGCGGCCGCCGGAGACCCCGCCGCAGCGAGGCCACUGGGCUCCCCGGUCGCGGAGCGUGAGCGCGCCGACCGGGGCGCCAGGGGGACACACCGGGCGAAGGAGGGGGCCUAUCUAUCCUUCCGCAUUUUCCUGGGUUUUUCUCCCGGGCGGUGACGUGACGUGCUGACGGCGGGCCCGUGCCGGGGAGCUGGGCCGCUUUUUGUCAGCUCCGAACUCGGCCCCUCCUCCCUCCCUCCGCCCGCCCCACCAGCCGGAGCCCGGCCCAGUGCUCCAGAGAAAGGCCGGCCUGCAGCACCCGCCACCGUCGCCGACCGCCCGCACGCCCGUCCGGAGCUGUGACUGAUGAAAAUUAAAGGCCAUGGAUGAAGAUGGACUUGAAUUACAACCACAAGAACCAAACUCAUUUUUUGAUACAACAGUUUUUCAGAACACUUCCCAUAUAUUCCCAUUUGAUCAUCACAACAGUCCUGUGAGGAGCUGACGCUACACACAUGGAUGGUGAUCAAAUUGUUGUGGAAGUACAAGAAACUGUUUUUGUUUCAGAUGUUGUGGAUUCAGACAUAACUGUGCAUAACUUUGUUCCUGAUGACCCAGACUCAGUUGUAAUCCAAGAUGUUAUCGAGGAUGUUGUUAUAGAAGAUGUUCAAUGUCCAGAUAUCAUGGAAGAAGCAGAUGUAUCUGAAACAGUCAUCAUUCCUGAGCAAGUGCUGGACUCAGAUGUAACAGAAGAAGUGUCUUUAGCACAUUGCACAGUCCCAGAUGAUGUCUUAGCUUCUGAUAUUACUUCAGCCUCAAUGUCUAUGCCAGAACACGUCUUGACGAGUGAAUCCAUACACGUGUCUGACAUUGGACACGUUGAACACGUUGUUCAUGAUAGCGUAGUAGAGGCAGAAAUCGUCACUGAUCCUCUGACAGCCGAUGUAGUGUCAGAAGAAGUAUUGGUAGCAGAUUGUGCCUCAGAAGCAGUCAUAGAUGCCAACGGGAUCCCUGUGGACCAGCAGGAGGAUGACAAAGGCAACUGUGAGGACUACCUUAUGAUUUCCUUGGAUGAUGCUGGCAAAAUAGAACAUGACGGUUCCUCUGGAAUGACCAUGGAUGCAGAGUCGGAGAUUGAUCCUUGUAAAGUAGAUGGCACUUGCCCUGAAGUUAUCAAGGUGUACAUUUUUAAAGCUGACCCUGGAGAAGAUGACCUAGGUGGGACUGUAGACAUUGUGGAGAGUGAGCCUGAAAAUGAUCAUGGAGUUGAACUACUUGAUCAGAAUAACAGUAUUCGUGUGCCAAGAGAAAAGAUGGUUUAUAUGACUGUCAACGACUCUCAGCAAGAAGAUGAAGAUUUAAAUGUUGCUGAAAUUGCAGAUGAAGUUUAUAUGGAAGUGAUUGUAGGAGAGGAGGAUGCUGCUGCCGCUGCAGCAGCUGCUGCCGCCCAUGAGCAGCAGAUGGAUGACAACGAAAUCAAAACCUUCAUGCCAAUAGCAUGGGCAGCAGCUUACGGUAAUAAUUCUGAUGGAAUUGAAAACCGGAAUGGCACUGCAAGUGCCCUCUUGCACAUAGAUGAGUCUGCUGGGCUUGGCAGACUGGCUAAACAAAAACCAAAGAAAAGGAGAAGACCUGAUUCCAGGCAGUACCAAACAGCAAUAAUUAUUGGCCCUGAUGGACAUCCCUUGACUGUCUAUCCUUGCAUGAUUUGUGGGAAAAAAUUUAAGUCGAGAGGUUUUUUGAAAAGGCACAUGAAAAACCAUCCUGAGCACCUUACCAAGAAGAAGUACCGCUGUACUGACUGUGAUUACACUACCAACAAGAAGAUAAGUUUACACAACCACCUGGAGAGCCACAAGCUUACCAGCAAGGCGGAGAAGGCCAUUGAAUGCGAUGAGUGCGGAAAGCAUUUCUCUCAUGCUGGGGCUUUGUUUACUCAUAAAAUGGUGCAUAAGGAGAAAGGAGCCAACAAAAUGCACAAAUGUAAAUUCUGUGAAUAUGAGACAGCUGAACAAGGGUUACUGAAUCGCCACCUUUUGGCGGUCCAUAGCAAAAACUUUCCUCAUAUAUGCGUGGAGUGUGGUAAAGGUUUUCGUCAUCCAUCAGAGCUCAAAAAGCACAUGCGAAUCCAUACUGGCGAGAAGCCGUACCAAUGCCAGUACUGCGAAUAUAGGUCUGCAGACUCUUCUAACUUGAAAACGCAUGUAAAAACUAAGCAUAGUAAAGAGAUGCCAUUCAAGUGUGACAUUUGUCUUCUGACUUUCUCAGAUACCAAAGAGGUCCAGCAACAUGCUCUUAUCCACCAAGAAAGCAAAACACACCAGUGUUUGCAUUGUGACCACAAGAGUUCGAACUCAAGCGAUUUGAAACGACACAUAAUUUCAGUUCACACAAAGGACUACCCCCAUAAGUGUGACAUGUGUGAUAAAGGCUUUCAUAGGCCUUCAGAACUCAAGAAACAUGUGGCUGCCCACAAGGGUAAAAAAAUGCACCAGUGUAGACAUUGUGACUUUAAGAUUGCAGAUCCGUUUGUUCUAAGUCGUCAUAUUCUCUCAGUUCACACAAAAGAUCUUCCGUUUAGGUGUAAGAGAUGUAGAAAGGGAUUUAGGCAACAGAAUGAGCUUAAAAAGCAUAUGAAGACACACAGUGGCAGGAAAGUGUAUCAGUGUGAGUACUGUGAGUAUAGCACUACAGAUGCCUCAGGCUUUAAACGGCACGUUAUUUCCAUUCAUACAAAAGACUACCCUCACCGUUGUGAGUACUGCAAGAAAGGGUUCCGAAGACCUUCAGAAAAGAACCAGCACAUAAUGCGACAUCAUAAAGAAGUUGGCCUGCCCUAAUAAUACUUCGGCAGACUUUUGUAGAGAUGUUGGCUUUGAAGCAGAAAAAUCAUUUUAAAAGCCAGUCAGUCUCGUUCACAUACAAUACUGUAUAUUGAUUUAUGCUGUGUACAAAUAGAUUUAUUGCUUUUAGUUGACUUUUUUUUUUUACAUUUUGUUCAAUAGUGUGUUCUGAAUUCUAUUCAGUUUGUUUAAUAAAUGGGGAAAAGCAGCAACAAGCAAGUUGCUUUUAAUAAAGUAAUCCCUGAUUCUAUACUGAAUUUUUCUAUCUUAGAAGUUUUAUAUUUAUUUAAAUAUUUACCUUGCUUACCUUGAUGGUACUCUUCUAAGACCAUUUAACUUAAAGUUAAGGUAAUUUUAGAUUGGUAACUCUGAAAGUACUCAUGUUGACUUAUUUUUUCCCAUAAAUUUCUCACAAUAAAAUUGUCAGAGACAUCUACUAACAUAAAUGGGAGAUUUUAUGGUCAGGUCUAAUUAUCCUAACAUGGAAGUCAUUUACUCUUCUUGUUUAAUAUUUUCAGACCACGUGACAAUGAAAGUUUUCAUUCAAGCUUUUGCGUCCCUGGCAUUGCUGAGUGAAGAGCAGUGGCUAGGUUCGGGUUUAACUUUCGUUUUGUUCAGCAGACAAAAUAUCCUUUCAGGGGGUGCUUUCUUUGGAGUAUUUACGCCUUUUGUCAGCAUAGCAAACUUUUAGAAAACUUUAUUGAAAAAUUUUGCUUGAUCCUGUUGUAUUUUGUCUGUGCUGCUUUGUGUUGGAAUGGUUGUGUGCUACAAAUGAGACUUACUGAGGACUGCAUUUGGAAUCUCCUAGAGGUAAUUCGUGGCUCAUAGGAUCUUUUGCAACUUUAUAUAUGUAAAUGUACCCUGACUUAUGUAUAUGCACAUAUAUAUGACAUGUAUCGUGUGUAUUGCUUAUUUUACAUAUUUAUACACACAACCCCAAUUAGUAGUUGUUUAAAAUCUAUAAUAAUGAAAAGUAUUAAAUUUACAAUAACAUGAAAGAUGCAGGGAUGCAUGAGAGAGCAUUUUGUAAAUCAUGCUCUUUGGAGAGACUACUCAGGUGAAGAAUUAGAAGGAAAAUAAGGACACUAGUAUUUUUAAAGAGUAAAGGUAUUUUCUUUUAAAUAUCUUUGGUAACUGAAAAAUAGAACUUAAGAUGUUUCUACAUAGAAUGUUUUCAUAUAACUUCAGCUUCAUGCCUUUAUAUUUUUCUGAAAAGCUAAUGAGUAUCCAGAUAUAUACUCCCUCAGUUCUCUCUGAGAAGCCCGUGAGGGGACUCUGUGUCACCAAGGGAGGGGACUAAGGAAGCAGCGGUUCCAUGUACCACAGAAUGGGUGCUAAUUACGACUUCCACUUAGCAAGUUGAGACUGCUCGUUACUUCUCCGUUACAGCUAGCAACCUUUCAAAAAUGUAACACUCAUGUUGGCUUUGAUUAGAAGGUAAAGGUGUAUUCUCAGUGCAUGAGAAAAUUUUGAGGCCUUAUUUGGAAUAUCACCAAGUCUUUCACAGUUGUGUUUUUCUUCAGGAGUUAACUUUUUUUAACAAAUAGAUAUGAUUCAGGGUCAUAAAUACAUAGAAUGUAUUUGGUUACUUAGAAUUUGGUUAAGAUGAAUUUUGGAGAACAUAUAAUAGGUUUUGGGGUCUCGCUCCCCUGGUGGCUCAGAGGUUAACGUGUCUUCUGCAAUGCGGGAGACCUGGGUUCAGUCCCUGGGUCGGGAAGAUCCCCUGGAGAAGGAAAUGGCAAUCCACUCCAGUACUCUUGCCUGGAGAACCCCAUGGACGGAGGAGCCUGGUGGGCUAUACUCCAUGGGGUCACAAAGAGUCGGACGCAACUGAAUCCUUAGUACACUGGCUGUUGACACACGAGUAUCUGGCACAUUGUGGGAGAUUUUGGAAUUCUUUCCCCACUUGUUAGCUGCCUUGCCACUUCAUUAUGGUGCUCUAUCCCCUUUGUGCUAUUAGGUUUUUAGCUUUCAUCUUUCUCUUUGCCAUUGAUACUUCUUUGCGAGAGUUAUAUUUUUAGGGUUAGAAAUCUAAUAGUGUUUGGCAAGCCUCUAAAGUGCUAGAUUGAUUGAGUCCAUUUCUAAAUCAAGUGCUUUAGGCUGGUAUGAACACCAUCCUUGAAUGCCAGUGAAAGCCAGGGCAUAGAAACGCCUGUGCCCUUUUGCCCCCCGUAACGUGCUUUUUUUUUUUAAAGUAACUAACAAUUUUGUGAUUCAUUGCCCCGCAGUACAGUUGAAAGCUCUGUCUGUUUUUUUGUGAGAACCUUUAAAAUCUCCCUUUUUAUUUUUCCCACAAAUAAUGUAAAAGAAAACACUUAAAUGAAAGUGGAAAUUUGUUAAUUUUAAAACGUCCUGUAAAAAUUAAUACAGAAAAUAUAAUUGGUCAUUUAUAUUUUUUUAAAUAAACUGAAAGAUAAAGAACACAACAAUUUACACACUUUAUAUUUCUCUUACAUGGUCUGGAAUCAUACACCGUUCUUUUCUUUUUAAAGCACAAUAUUGAAACCUUUAAAAGGUAUUUAAGGGUUUGGUCAAGUGAAUAUGAUAAAGUGUAUUUGUCUGUAUAAAGAGAAACUGAAAUCGUAGUCACUGUUAUGUACUGACAUUAGUUACAACCUAGUUUUAAUUCUUAAAACAAUUUUGAUUAGCAAAGCUAAAAGGAUGUUUCAGUUAAAUGUUUUAAAGAGGUACAGAUUUUUACAAGGACAUAAUAUAAGUUAUUGUUCUGUAGAAAUAUCCUAUUAAAUAUUGUAUGUCCCUCCCUCUGUACACUUUGUAAAAAAAGUAAAAUACAUAAAAAGAAAAUCAUAUAGGGAUGUGUGACAUUAUUGUAAUUGUGUACUUGAGAAUAACGUGCAAAAAUAAAAAUCAGAAUAUUUUCCUGUUAAUGUUUAGUCUAUUUGAUACCAGUACUAAGUUAAUGCUUUUUCUUAAGAAAAAAAAAAUGUACAGUUUUUGUAAACCCAAUAAACAUCAAAAGCAGUGGAUUA